AUCAAAAUGCCUUCGACCCACCUCGAAUCGGCCAGCAAUUUUGGCACGCCUAGAGCCAACGGCCAGAUUCAUACCCCGAGGAACCAUAAAGUGUCACGUUCCAAGGGCCAGAGCCUUCUGACUCAACCAUUGAGGAUCGGGUACCAGAAGGUGAAUAUCGAUGUCGACUUACAAGAACAAAAGAUCAUAGGGGCCACCGAGCUCACAGUGUUGCCCAUGUCAUCUCAAUUGAGAAGUGUGAAGUUAGACUGUCGUGAGAUGACAAUCAAAGAUAUCUAUAUCAAUAACUCAAGAACCAUCAACUACAUCUAUAAAGAUAUGUUAUACAUCAACGACGAGAAAUACGCCACCAGCGGCCAGGCUGUGAACCUUUUCGAUUUGUACAAUAGUGAUGUCGACAUCUACCAGCACCAUCUUUUGAGACAGAAGCUCAACUACAUUUUCGGAGAAAUUGAUUGGGAAGCAAGAGACUCCUUCGGAAACACCGAGGAGCUCACCAUAUUGCUCCCAGAUAAUUUGAAGCUAGAACUCACAGGCAUCACAUCAGCACUCACUCCUAGUGGACAUGCCAAUACUACUACUCCGUUGCAUCUAAAGUCCAAGAGUACCCAUAACGAUACCUACACACCAAUCCAUAUUAAGAUCGAGUAUGAAGCGGUCAACUGUAAAAAUGGUGUCAAUUUCAUAACACCAAAGAAUCAAGACAAAAAGUCCUGGCAUGCAUACACCACAAACUCAGCAUAUAAUAUUUCAACAUCAUCAUGGGUUCCUUGCAUAGAUAACUUGUGGGAGAGAUACAUUUGGUCUAUCGAGGUGAACAUCCCAAGAACCAUAAAAGACAUCGGAAAUACCAGGAUAAUAGGGGCACAUGAUCCGCGCAGAAGAAGGAGAAGAAAAGAUGGUGAAACACAACAACGAAAUGAUGACGAAGUCAACGAAGUCGAUGACAAUGACAACGAUGAUGAUGACGAUGACGACUCUAACUAUGACCUCGUGGUUUGUUCCGGUGAUUUCAACAACAUCAAAGAAACUCCCCACCCUAUAGAUUUGUCAAAAAAGGUUGUUUCUUGGUCCAUUUUUAACCCAGUUUGUGCCCACCACGUUGGUUGGACAAUUGGAUGCUUUGAAAGUUUUACGUUGGCAGAGAAUGAAGAUGAGGAAGAUGAGGAGAUGGAUUACUUGAAGCAAUCAGAUGAUGUGGAUAAAGAUACAUCCAAAUCCCCUGUGAUCAUUUAUGCCCUUCAUGAUCAAGUGGAUUUGGCAAGAAAUACUUGUAUCUUUGCUAACAAGGCCAUGGACUUCUUUGUUAAAGAAUUUGGGUCCUACCCUUUUAGUUCUUAUGCAAUUGUGUUUGUGAGUAAGAGUGCUUCCGCCUGCAAUAGUUUUGCUGGACUUUCAAUAGUUGAUGAUACAAUGUUGUAUCCUCCAGAUAUAAUUGAACCAAUAUUCAAGUCAACGGAAACUAUUUUGGAAUCAAUCGCAUCCCAAUGGUCAGGAAUUAAUAUUGUUCCCCAGACAUUCAAUGACAUUUGGUGUACUUUAGGUAUCGCGAAGUACAUGAGUUUCCAGUAUCUUAAAAAGUUGAUGGGUAAUAACUACUACAGAUUUAAGAUCAAAACCAGCAUAGAUACAAUUGUGAAAGAAGAUAUUGGACAAAAGCCAUUGGCAUCGCAAUUUUUCAGAUAUCCCAUUUGUGAUGACGAUUUAUCGUUUGUCAGGCUUAAGGCGCCAGUGGUAUUAUUCAUUUUAGACCGUCGAAUGACAAAAACUGAUAAGUCCUUUGGUCUUUCAAGAGUGCUACCAAAGUUGUUUUUACAAGCUAUUUCUGGAGACUUGCAGAACAGUACAUUGACUACUCAGCAUUUUCAAUAUGUUUGCGAAAAAGUCAAUAGGAACAAACUUGAGAUCUUCUUCAAGCAAUGGGUUUUUGGAGUGGGAACACCAAUAUUUAAUAUUGUUCAAAAAUUCAACAAGAAAAGGGGUGUAAUUGAAAUGAUCAUCAGACAAACCCAGCAUCAAGAAACUAAGAAAGUCCGUCCCAAGCCAAAUAAAUUCAUAAAUGACUCAAUUUCAUAUCUUGAGAAUGAGCCACUAUACCCAGUUCAACCUGUGUUUUUGGGACCUAUGACGAUCAGAGUCCAUGAAUCAGAUGGUAGUCCUUACGAACAUAUUGUUGAUUUGAAAGAGGGCCAAACCAAAAUUGAGAUCCAGUACAAUUCCAAGUUUAAGAGACUCAAAAAGGUUAAAGAGGAAAUGGGUGAAGUGGGAAAUACGUUUAGAAAAUUAGGAGACAUUCUUGAUUCUCCUGAAGAGAAAGCUAAAUGGGAUCUAGCCGAUUGGAUAAGAUAUGAGGAAGAUAUUCUCAACGAACCAUUUGAGUGGAUAAGAGUCGAUGUUGACUUUGAGUGGAUUGCAAAAUUCAACAUGAAGCAAUCCGACUAUAUGUAUGGGUCUCAAUUGCAGUAUGACAAGGACCUUGAGGCACAAUACGAGGCCAUUAAGUACUUCGGUGAAAUCGAAAAACCUGGUAAAGUUCAUUGCUCAGCUUUGGUACGAACCAUACUCGAUAAAAGAUACCACUAUGGUGUCAGAAUAGAAGCUGCACGAGCCUUAGUGAGUUCCUCAAAUCCGGAGAAUAACUUAGCUGGUCUCGGUUACUUGCUAAAGGCGUACAAGGAGUUAUUUUGUUUCAAGGGUAGUUCGAUUCCAUUAAGCAAUGAUUUUGGUGACUUUGGUGAUUUCUUUGUCAAAAAAGAAGUUCCAAUGAUUCUCAGUCAAGUCAGAGACAGCGAAGGAAAUGUUCCCAUAGAAAUUAAGGACUUGCUCUUGAAUUUGAUCCGAUUUAAUGAGAACUCCAACAAUCAGUUUCAAGACUGUUUCUAUGUGUCUAGUUUGAUCGAAAGUUUAACCAACUGUAUUGUGGGAGGAGAGAACUCGGGCCAAUCGGUAGAUGAAUCGCUCAACGUCAAUGGACCUCUGAGUGCAAUUGAUUUCUCUCUGAGUGGUUCAAGAUCCCUUGAAACACCUUCACCUAGAGAUUUCCCAUUGGUGGUAGUUCACGAGCUAAACAGACUCCAUAAGCUUGACCAAUGGACUCAUUCUUAUCACAGUGUCAUUUCCAAGACCUGCCUUCAUCAAAAGGUUCGAUUGUGCAAUCACGGUACUCUCAAAAUUUCCUUCGAGGACUUAUUGUACUACACUUUGGAUAAAUAUGAUUAUGACAUAAGGAUAGAAGCUUUCAGAGGUUUAUUAAUUUUAGGAGGCUUGAAAAACUCCUCUGUGUUAGCAUAUUUCUUGAAAACCUGCCUUCUUGAAACUAGCGGCUCAUACUUCAGAUCCCAAUUGAUAUCCUUGUUGACCGAAGCGAUUUGUGUGGCUGCAAUUGAAGGUACGCCUUCUACACUUGAUGACGAGGAGUUCAAACCAUAUGAUAAAUUGACAGGUUCGACUACCAAAGUUUCGACAAACCUGACAAAUAUGGUCAUUAUUGAGGAUGGCUCAAAUAAUGAAAUGGAUUCUAAGAGAGACACAUUUGCAAGAGCUACCCUAAAUGGUGCUAUUGAAAUCUUGAGGAGAGAUUACUCAAUUGGGCGUGGAUUGAAGAAUGUACUUUGGGAACUCAUACAUAGUUCACAAUUGAGCAUCAUUGAGAGAAGAGAUGUCUUCAGUAUAUGCCAAGUAUUGUACCGUGAGAUUGACAAAUUUGUGGUCAAAAUCUCUGUUCCACAUGUUCCUGUUCAAGAAUUAAAGAAGAAGAUUGUUUUGAAAUACUUGGGUGAAGGAAAGAUCAUGAUUAAGAGAGAAGGAAGAUUUAAGAUUCAACUUCUUAACAGAAAACUCACAACUCAAACUAAGGCUAAUUUGAGGGCUGAUACUAGUGCUACUCAAUCUACGACUGAGCCAAAAUUGAAAUUGAGUUUGGGAGCUAAACAAGCUCUGAAACGAGCCAGUAAAAAACCUAAAGCAGCUGAAGAUUAUACCACUCAGGAUGAACCUGCUUUUGUUGACUCUCUUCCAUCUAAAGCUCCCACUUCCAGCUCCAGAAGACAACCUAUAACGAAACCUGCCCCAGUUCCAGGACCACCGGCUGUUACUCCUCCUCCUCUAACUGCAUCGAAGUCAACAAGAUUAGAUCCAAUGGUCACCUUUGACGAUAAGUUCAAAAUUAAGAUCACCUUGAGGAACAAAAAGCUUCCGGUGGUUGCUCCAGUUGAGAUUCCAGCAGAUGCGGUGCCUGUGAAAGUUGGACGCAGCUCUGUACUUGUCAAUGGCUCAAAGGUCACUUUCAGUUUAAAGGGGGCUUACAAGUCGAAGCUUAGGGAUUUGGUACCAGUCGAGGUACCUGAUGUUCCGAAAGCAGCCCAUAGAUACGUGAAAAUUCUGACCAAGAAUAAAACCGUGUCGCUCUCUGCAACACCAUUUCCUGAUGCAUCUGAAAUCAGAUCCGAGGCUAAAGUGAAGGCCGAACCCGAGUCUGAAUCCAGUUACACUCCUGCCAAGGCAAAUCGUGGCAAGAGUUUAGAACCCCAGCUGGCAGAGUUAGCUUCUCCCAGUAAGCGAGGUACAGCCAAGGCCAUCCUUACUUCACCAAACAAGUCACACGGAAAUUCGAAGAGUGUACAAGUAUCUCCUGCUAAAGCGAAAACGCCCUCGUUAGCAUCUCCGAUAAAAACUAAGAGCUCUUCUGUCCCAGAUUCGAGUAAAAAGAUCAGGACAAAGAGUCCCCUGGUAGAACCAGAAAUCAAAACUGAAAAGGCACUGACCCCAUUCUCCAGGUCUGGUAGUCCAUUCUCACAAUCACCCUCUGCCUCUAGUGUGAAGAAGAAGAAGACAAAAAUUUAUAUUCACUCCGGAGAUAGCAAAAGUCUGACUCCUACGGACAAGGAAGUAUCCGAAAAAAAUGGUGAAAACUCGGGUGAUUUGGCUAAAGCAGACCCCCCUGAAGAGCAAGCCAAAGACAAGCCAAAGCUGGGCAUCAAGCUCAAGCUCAAUCUCAAACGAUAGAUCAUACGACUUAAUGAUAGACAUGUAUUAUAUUAAAGAGCACUGAGUUGGUAACUCCAACAAACGUAGAGAUAGGAUGAACAUAGCAACAAGGCUAAAAAGAUAACCC